AUGGAGGAUGAUGGUAAAUUGCAAAAGAACGAGCAAAUAGAGGAUAAUGAGGAGGAAGAAGAGAUGACUGAAAAAUCAUCACCACCUUCCUUUCCUUUCAUAUCUAUUGACGAUGAAGAUGAUGAAGACGAUCAAGAUGAUCAUCACCUGCCAACAAAAGAAGAAGAAGAAGAAGAGGGUGAGAUGUCUGAAAUAAAUGAGGAGGAGGAGGGAAAAACAAAAGAGGAAGAACAGGAUGUAAAAGAGGAAAAUGACGAUCGUGAAAUUUAUACAGAGUCAACGUCUAGUACUCAUCCUCCUCUUCCUAUUUCCUCACCUCUUUCCAAUAAAACUAGUCGGUCAACGUCACCUCCUCAUCAUUCAUAUAGUACUCCAGUUUCUCCCAUGAAUUUAUCCUAUUCUAAUAGUCCAAAUAUUGGUCAUCAUUCCAAAAGUGAUCAUGAACAUUCAAGUAGUAGUGGCGGUGAAAGUGAUCACAAUGACAGCGGUGGUGGCACCCCUGGAAAGAAGAAAAAAGACAAAAAGAACAAAAAGGAAAAGAAAAAGAAACAACAAGCCAGAGAAGAUGUAGGAAAGAGUCAACAGCAACAACAAGAUAGUGGGGGAACUGCCACAACCACCGAUGAAGACGACGAUGAUGAAGAUGACGACCAACACAACAUGCUGGAUCAAGAAGAAAGAAAGAGAUUGAAAAAAGAGAAAAAGGAAAAAAAGAAAAAGAAAAAAGAAGAAAAGAAACUAAAGAAACAACAAUUACUGGAAGAUCAAAGACAAAUGCAAUUACAACAACCAAUCUUUAUACCAUCACCUACACAAUCUGGAGCUCAAAUAACCAAUCAAAGGUCAUCCCCUGAACCAUUCAUAUCAUCAUCAACAACAAGUAAUAAUCAAAAUAUUGGUGUUACUCCAAACAAUAAUAAUAAUAAUAAUAGUAAUAUUCAUGGACAAUUAUUUGACUUUGAUCCAAAUACAACUACAACUACAGUUGUUGGUGGAACGGGAACAACCAAUAAUGAUAAUCCACCAUUAUUACCACCUCCGCCAACUAAAAUCAUUAAAAAGAAAAAGAAAAAAGUAAAAGAGCACGAAAAGAAAGAAGGAUUAACCAAACGAAACAAUCCACUUGCCAUACUUCACAAAGGGUCAAUCAACAAUAAUGAUCUUCAAACCGAUCCUCUUGCCCCUCCCUAUUCACUUCCCAAACCAUUUAAUAACAAUGCCAAUGUAUCAAUAGACAUUGACAGAAAACCCCAAAAGAUUCAAGUAUGGAGAAAGGUCUUGAGUGAUGACUCUAAGCUAUUCUCAAAUGAAAGAACUUGGAUGAGUUGGGUUGGACUGACAUUUUCAUUGGGUGCUAUUGGAACUUCGAUCAUUACCUUUUUUGGAACUCAAAACGUGGCACUCUUUACUGGUGUUUCACUUUGGGUUAUUGCCUUGGGAUUCCUUCUCUAUUCCUAUGUCAUCUUUAGACUUCGUCGUAAAGCAAUCUUAAACAAAGGAAAAGGCCCAUUUUACGAUCCAUACGGUCCCAUUGCUUUGGUUUGUACAACCAUGAUGUCCGUAACUGUCUUUUUGGUUUUCUUUAUCAUUAAACGUCCUCCUCCAAUGGUAUCAAAUGGUGGUGGUGAUUCUUUUUAA